AAAAUGUAAAGAGAAGGGAGGAAGAAGACUGAGAAAUCGAGAUGAUGAAUGGUGGAGGAGAUGGAGAAAUCAAAAGCAAGCAAAUUCCUCUCUCAGGACCCACAGCUCAAACAAUGAUCAAAAGCAUACAAUAGACACAGAAGCAAAACACCUCCUGAGUCCUGACCCCAUCCACCACUACUCCAUUUCUUUGCUUGAUUGUUUGGCUUUUGCCCUUUUCCACUUUAAUAAAACAGUUGUGAAAAGAGAGAGAGAGAUAGAGAGAAGGGGGAAAAGGAAAAGGGAAGAGGGCACACAACACCACCCUCCACUCAUUAUUCCCUCCCUGCAACUCAUUGUUCACUGGUUCCCUUGAUGCUUGACACCAGAGCUAUUUCAAUCAUUCUAGCCACUCCUGGAGACUUCAUAACCAUCAGACGGGAGAUGGGAUUUCUAAGAAUUCCUCAAAUUACUUCUCUUUGGUGAGUUUUUAGCUUCUUGGGGUCUGAAAGCUUCGAACUUUAUGUUCUUUGGUGGACCAUUGGGCGGUUGAUCUGGUUUCUUGAUUGAUUGGAGAUGAAAGGAGGCGGAGGAAGAAGCUCUGCAGUUGUUUCCAUGGUUUCUCUGAAUUGAGAUUCACUGCUGGGAAUAUAAAGCUUCUGUUUCUUCUGUUUCACUUUCAUGGUUGCAGUUGUAGGAAUUUGUUAAACUGUUGGCUGCUGGUUUGUUAGGUUUCUGAAGUUUUAGAUAGUGUUUUAUGCUUCUUGUAGUUGAUUUGGUGUAAAUGAGGUGAAAUUCUUCUUUAGAAAUGGCUGAAGUUAAACUUACAAAGGUAGAGCCAGGGCACACCAAAAUUAGAAAUGUUCCAAUUGCUGUAACCCCAGAAGGGUUUUGGUGCUGUCCUUCCCCUGUAGGGUUUCAGAAAGCCACAAAACAUCAAAACCCAUUAAACAAAACCAAACCCUCUUCACCCCCUCCAAAGACAACCAUCCCAAAGAAGCAAUCUUCACAUAACAAUGAGAGAAGGUCACAGCCACCAAACCCCCCAAGAGCUGCAGUUGCUUCUGAUGAUCAUCAAAGAAGUUGUGGGGCUGAUGUACCUGCAGUUAGUGGUUCAGCUGGCAGUGAUAGAGGGCCGAGGACUAAAGUUGAGAAUGCCCCUAGGAAGGUGGCUAUUGAGUUUGGAGAUCCUGGAACCAGCGACUUGAAGGUGAUCUUGCUCGGAAAGCAAAGUUUUUGUGUGAAGUUAACUGCCCACAGGAAUGUUCUGGUUGAGAAUAGCAGCUUCUUUGCUGAGAAGCUUUCCUAUGGCGACUCUAACUUAUCAUAUCUGGAGGUUAAUGAUUGUGAGGACAUUGAGAUAUAUGUUGAAACUGUGGGACUUAUGUAUUGCAAAGAGAUGAAGCAACGAUUGAUCAAGCAGAGUCUGACUCGCGUGCUUCGAAUACUCAAGGCUGCUGAACUUCUCGGCUUCAGCUCAUGCAUACAAUCAUGCUUGGAAUAUCUAGAAGCUGUCCCAUGGGUUGGGGAAGAGGAAGAAGAAAAAGUGGUCUCCACAGUUCUUCGACUCCAGAACGAGGGUUUCGAAGUAUCGCCAAUACUAAAGCGAGUCUCAUCCCACGCUUCUGCACCACCUAAAGACACACUGCCCCGCAUAGUAGAACUCGUUCUCAAAAGCAACGAGGAGAGAGGGCGUCGUGAGAUGAAAUCUGUUGUCCUGAAGCUUCUUCGAGAGAACAACAACAACAGCAACCUCCCAAGCUAUGCAGCUGCCACAGAUGUAUGCAACGAAACUCUUUACACCUCGUGCGCAAGUUGUUUGAACUCACUGCUAUCUUUGUUCAACCAAGCUUCCGAGCCUGAGUUCACUGACAAGCCUAUGGAGAACAAGGAACCUGUUUUGAAGCAAAUAGCUUUUGAAUCCGACAACCUCUCGUGGCUGCUCGACAUUCUAGCUGACAGACAGGCGGCAGAUCGGUUUGCUGUAAUGUGGGCAGGACAAGUGGAGUUAGCAGCUUUGCAUGCAAGCCUCACAGUAUCGACUCGGUACCAUGUUAGCUGCAUCACUGGAAGGCUGUUUGUUGGAAUUGGAAAAGGGGAGCUUUUGCCAUCUAAGGACACUCGUCAGUCCUUGUUGGAGACAUGGUUGCAGCCAUUGAUCAAUGACUACAGCUGGUUGACUCACGGCUGCAGAUCUUUCGAUAGGAAAGUUGUCGAAGAAGGGAUUGGGAGGACGAUACUCACGCUUCCUUUGGAGAAUCAGCAGAGCAUUUUGCUUGCUUGGUUGGGAAGUUUCUUGAAGGCUGGUGAUAACUGCCCGAAUCUGCAGAGGGCAUUUGAGGUUUGGUGGAGGAGAGCCUUCAUCAGACCUUAUAGUGAAACUCAAGGUAGUGAUGACAUUCGACUCCCGCAGCAGCCAGUUGAUUGUGCAGUGAUAUCAGAACAAUGAAAACAUCUAUUGUAUCACUGGUUUGAUGAAGUUUGUAUACUGCUGAAUGAUAUUUCUACAUACUGUGGAAGAGUGGGCUCUUGUUUGUUUGUGCUGUCUUCUCAACUCAAACCAAUUAACCAGAACGCCUUUCGUGGCUAUACAGUCAAGUUGGCUACUUGUGUGUUGAUGAUUCUACUUCUUAAAGUGUAUUGUGUGUAGAGUGAUUGCAAACUCUGGUGAAUUUUGUGUUUGAUUGCUCAAUGUAGGAAAAGUGCUAUGUACAUGCGAGUGAAGUACCAUACGAGGGACACAUCUAAGUGUCCUCUGCUAUAUAUACAAGUUACUUUACUCGAUGGUUGGAGUUCUGGUGCAUAACCUUUAUAUAUGAAAAUUAUAUAAGUCUUACAUGACAAAUGAUACAAAUUCCCAG